AUGGAAACCUUGACUGAGGAUGAACUGAUAUUACCCUGGAAAAGGCAUAUAAUAGAGUACGUUUCAUUUUUACUACUUAAUUUCCAGGAGAACCUUUUGAAAAAGUUACCUGCCCAUGAAGGGUAUAAGAAACUUGAAGAAGAGGUUAAUGGCAAUGAGCACGAUAGUAAAUGUAAUGACCUAGGAAGUGAUGCGACUGUUAAAAAUAUUUGUACAAAAUUUUUGAGGAAUAUAAAAGAUUUAAUCGAUUCAAAAAUUAAUAAGAAAGAACACACAGAUAAAACUUUGUGUUUAAUUUAUUGGAUACUUGAUGAAUUAAGAAAGCAUGUUAGUCAUAAUUCAAGAAUUAUUAAUGGAGUAGACAUUAAUAAAAUUGUUCAUGUGGGGAAUAGAUUUUACAGGGAGCAUAACCCAAAUGUUUUGUUCUAUGACUAUGAAUUAGAUUUAGAAAAGUCAAAAGAAGAAAAACAUUUGUAUGACUAUUUUAAAAAUUAUGACAAACUUAUUAAAUGUGACAGUGAUGAUUGCAAAACUUAUUUAAAAUAUGUUAAUUAUAUCAAAAAAAUAUAUUAUAAGCAUAAAAUGGGGUGCAUGUGGUGGAAUUGUGAUUAUUUUAAUUUUCAUGAAAAGUACUAUCCUCAUGUUCUGAUAUCACUACUAAAAGAAAAAAUUAACAAAUUUAAUAAUUCGGAGAAAAAUGGAAAUCCAGGAGAAAAUUCUGAACAAUCAUCGGGUUCCAAAAGUUCCAAAACCGAAGUUGGCAUGAAAAUUAAGUAUAUAUAUUGCUCUAAAAUAAAUGAUACAGACAUAACGUUAAAUAGAUAUAAAUGUGAAGACCCAGCAUAUCGUCAACACUCAGAAAAAAAAACUUUUGGUAAACCUGUUAAAAAAGGGCCUCAUGGGGUAAGCACAUUACAAGCUCUCAGGGGAAUAAAUGAUUCAAGGUGUAUGGCUGUUUAUGAUAAUAAAAAUAAUUUCCUUGGCCUAAAUUGCAAUGCUACAAGAUAUGAACAUAAAAAUGAAUUAAAAUACACAAAUAUGAAUAAUAAAGAAACAAUGGACCCAAAAGAUGGAGCUCGUAAAUUAGUAGAUUCAAAAAAAGAAAUAAAAAAUUCUGAAGAUUCUGUGAAUGUAAUGCCAGGAACUGAAUUGUUUUCUGCGUACCGUUAUGUAUCAAGCAAGGAUAUUGAACAUGGUAAUAUUGAAGAGGAAAGUACUUCAGAUUUACACAGUAUACAACCUGUAACAUUAUUUCCUGAAGUUUUAGAAGAAGAACGUAAACGCUACAUGGAUCCUAUAGAUCAUACAUGUGAAUAUUACAUUUCAAAAGAAGAUGAAAUAGUUUGCGUUAAAAAAUUAAAAGUAGAUGAUUAUACGAAAAAUGUAAAAUAUAAUGAUUUCACAAUAACAAAUAAAGUAGCUGAAUUAAUAAUCAGGGAAACAGAUGGAUUACUAGAGGUGUUAGACAAGAAUUCUAUCACAUCAAACUUCAGCAUAAACCGCAUUCUUACUGUUGUUGCUUUAAUUGUUGGAACUUUUAUUGUUCUUUUUUUUUACAUUAAAUUUACACCUUUAGGAUACUACUUACGUAAGCAUUUGUUGAAAAGGAGAAAAGUCAAUAAUAAUAUUUAUAAAAAAAAUACGUCGAAAAUACCUUCACGUAAUAAGAAAUCAUAUCCUAUAAAUUCUCAAAAAGAGCGAAUACAAAUAUCCUAUCAGUAUAAAUAA